AUGGCAGUGCAUUUGACCAGACCCAAGUCCUCGAAAGGACGACGCAGGUCAACGAAAACGCUCACCUUUUUCCAAAACAACAGUGAAAGUAAUCCACAACAAAGCGCUACCGGAUCACUUGUUUCGGCCGAGUUUGGCGUGGGAGGACCGGAUAACCAGCCCCGUUCACAGUCAAGACCUGAGAUGCGGCAUUCUGGAUAUCUGAGCCAAAAUCAGAUUCAACAAAACGAGCUGCCGGACGGGUCUGCGGCUGGACAGUCCCUCAACAAGUACAAGGUUCUCCCGUCCAUAGAGAAAGAGAAAGGAAGGUCCAAACUCAGUCACAGCGAGAAUAAAGUAGUGCACAGUCUAAUACUCACCGGCAAGCAGAUUUUAAAGUCUGCAGAGGCAUGUGGUGAUGGAGGCCACACAAAAGGACAACUACUUGGCACCUGCAGCUCAAAGAAUGACAGAAUGGUGGCGCUAUCACCAGACACAAUGCUGCUGGCUAUCAAAGACCCAGGAGGAAGGAGGUUUGAGCAGUGUUUUCACUCAUCAGACACUUUGCUCAGCGUGAGGGCGAGUGCAGAGGUGACAUAUGGGGUGAAGUUUGGAGGAAACACAACAAUAGAGACCAUGGAGGUGCCUCGAAGGAGCUUUAAUGACAUGAGCCUGACUCUGGCCCAAUGCGGGAUCAGCAAUAAGUCUGUGCUCUGCAUCUUUCAACAGGAUGAGUGA